AUGGACGAAGACGGGCUUGCUCAGUCGCUCAGGCUUGAUGUGCAAAAUGUCAACGACCACUGUUUUCGUGAAAGUCGAAUCAUCAAGACAGACGAAGACGGUCGGCAAAUAAGGGAAAUCGUGUUUUGGAACCGAAACAUCUCCCUAACACGUUCCCCUGCGAAUAACGUAUUCCUAUAUGAGUCGCAACAGAAAGACCUACGAGUGUUCAAACAUAUCCGCCGGAACAGUACCGUCAGCUAUCGAGAGCUCAGUGUGAUGGAACGAGUGUUGAAAGAAGUGGAACCACACCAAAAAGAGCUGUUUGUUGACUUCGUUGGCUGGUUCCCAUCCGAGGACUACAUACACCUCGUAAUGGAGUACUGCCCUUAUGGGGACAUUUCUCGAUAUCCCGGUCCGCUGUCUGAAGUGGAAGCGUGGUGUAAUGUUUUGAUCGUUGCCCAAAACCCAAUUCGUGUGAAGAUUGCCGAUUUUGGCAUUAGCAAGCUCUCACAGAAAGGAAUUACCCAGCCGCGGACGCAAGCUGGAACAGACGGUUAUAUGGCACCAGAGUGUUUUGGAAUAAACAACCGAACGAAAGAAUCGAGCUACACACAUGCUGUUGAUAUCUGGUCUCUGGGUUGUCUGGCCUACUACAUCUUGACAAAAGAGGUUCCGUUCAAGGGAAAGAAAGAUGAAUACGCUACAUAUAGAGCACUUCAAAGCUAUUGUGACGGCGCUCUUGGCUUCCCGGAAGAGCCUCUUAUUAGGCAACGCGUUAGCCUUUCGGGUCGAUAUUUCAUACAACGACUGCUAGCACCAGUCGCUGAAAACAGACCAAAGGCCUUGGGGCAAAUUAGUAUGUUGGACUGGGUGAUUCCCUUGGUCUCGGAUAGUGCUUCUCAGGAUUUGACACCAACUAAAAUCUCAUAUGAAUUCGCUGGAUCGUCUACCAUCAACAGAGAUACUAUCACAGACUCACAGACACAGCUUCAGUCUAAUCGGCAAGAAUUAUUUGACGUCCCACCGCAAAGAAUCACUGAGUUUGACAUGGACCUCUACUCUUCAGACCUUUGGCAUCUCGUGAAGCUAGAAAAAGGAAGAAAUUCCAACAUAAAGAAGCUUCGAGCUCUCCUCGUGUCGAACGCAAAUCCAAACAUUCGUUUGAAAGGCUAUACGGCUCUUCAUAUAGCCGCAGAGCAAGGCCCACCUGAAUCAAUUGAAAAUCUUCUUGAAUUUAGUGCAGACCCAAAGAUCCGCACCAAGCCACGCCAAGAGACGGCGAUUCACCUCGCUACCUGUCAAGGAGACUUCGAGUCUUUUUCCAGGAAACUACGACUGUUGUUAGAAAAAGGUGCUGACGUCGAUGCCAAAAACUUCGAAGGGGACACAGCAUUACACUUGGCAAUUUGUAGGAUGGCUAAUAUUGAUGCAAUCAAGGUUUUGGUUAGAUCAGGAGCAUCUAUAGAAGAGAAAGGACGAUAUGGACGUGCUCCCCUUCAAUAUGCAAUAUUUCUCGGAAGAGAAAAGAUCGCAGCGGCCCUAUUGCAUUACAAGGCCAAUCCGAAUUGUGCUGACGACGAUGGUUUGACACUACUUCACCUUGCAAUCAGAUCCAACAAAAUAAGCAUAGAGUUCUUGAAGCGACUCAUCAAAGCCGGAGCCGACAUCAACCAAGAAGACGGGAACCAUCAUACACCGUUGUAUGAAGCGAUCGCAAAGGGGAGACAUGAUGCAGCACGUUUGUUGCUCGAUCAUGGCGCUAAUUGCAAUCCUCAUCAUCCGGAAUUAGAAAGGCGCUUUGGUCGAGGAUUUUGGCAGAAUUUUGCUUUGCGCCGUCCAUGGGCCUCUCAAUAG